GUGACAUAAACGCUGUUGGCAGUGCAGAAAAGACGAGAGAAGGUUGCUGGAGCUGUUCGGGAGAUUUUAUUGUUUUGCAUUUGAACUAAAAGGACUUUGCGGCUAAGAUAUCUGUUUCCAACUUCAGCUACAGUGAUAGCUAAGUUUGGAAAGGAGAAAGGGGAGCUUUGGCGUGCGUUUGCCGAAAAUUUAAUGCACAGAGUGUCUCCCAUCGAUAGCCUUGCUUUACGAAGAUAAAUUAAUAUUGGGCAAACGUUAAUUAUUUCCGGCAAAGUAUUACAAUGGAUAACGCUGGAUCUAAGAAACCUUGCUGUGAAUCUGUCCAAGAGUUCUUCACAUCACCAAAGUUCCUUAUUUACCUGGGACAUGGACUCUCGACAUGGGGCGAUCGUAUGUGGAACUUCGCUGUUGCCGUAUUUCUGGUGGAGCUGUAUGGCAACAGCCUCCUGCUCACGGCUGUGUACGGACUGGUGGUGGCGGGGUCAGUGCUGCUCCUUGGAGCCAUUAUCGGUGACUGGGUUGACAAAAACCCAAGACUCAAAGUGGCCCAGACUUCACUGGUUGUCCAGAACUUUGCUGUCAUACUAUGUGGGAUCCUCUUGAUGGUGGUUUUCCAGUUCAAAGAACAGAUUGCAGAGUUAUACAAUGGAUGGAUUCUGACAUGCUGCUAUAUCCUGGUCAUCUCCAUAGCCAACAUUGCUAAUUUGGCCAGUACUGCCAUGUCCAUUACCAUCCAGAGAGACUGGGUGGUGGUUGUGGCCGGACAGGACAGCAGCAAGCUGGCAGACAUGAACGCCACAGUGCGGAUCAUCGACCAGCUGACCAACAUCCUAGCGCCCAUGUUGGUGGGCCAGAUCAUGUCUUUCGGCUCAAACUUCAUUGGCUGCGGCUUUAUUGCGGGCUGGAACCUGUGCUCUAUGUGCCUUGAGUACGGUCUGCUAUGGAAGGUCUACCAGAAAACCCCGGCACUGGCCUUGAAGGCUGGCAAAAAAGAAGAUGACCAGGAACUGAAACAACUUAACUUCCCGAAAGAGCUAGAAAACGGCAAGGGCACCGUAGAGGGCUCCCAGCUCAUGAACGAGAUGGCUGUCGUCAAGGCCGACUCUCCCAAGAAGACAAGCUGCUGCUACCAGAUAACAGAGCCCCUGCGCACCAUCCGCGACGGCUGGGUGGCCUACUACAACCAGUCCAUCUUUUUCGCAGGCAUGUCGCUGUCCUUCCUCUACAUGACGGUGCUGGGAUUUGACUGCAUCACCACGGGCUACGCUUACACCCAGGGCCUCAACGGCUCUGUGCUCAGCCUGCUGAUGGGUGCCUCAGCCGUGUCAGGCAUCUGUGGCACGGUGGCCUUCACCUGGGUUCGCAAGAAGUGUGGCCUAAUCCGUACAGGCUUCAUCUCGGGUGUGGUGCAACUCUCCUGCCUAAUUCUGUGCGUGGCGUCCGUCUUCGCACCGGGCAGCCCCUUCGACCUCAGCGUUUCGCCCUUCCAGGACAUCUACAGCCACCUGACCGGAGACAGCGGCAACUUACCAGAGGCCGACCAUCCGGCUAGCAUGCUAAACAUCGAUGGUCUGCUGGUCAACGGUUCGACCGCACUGCCUGCUGAAGAACUGCCGCCUCUGCAGUCCUACCUGUCAGUCAGCCUGCUGUUUGCAGGGGUUAUUGCUGCUAGAAUUGGUCUAUGGUCCUUUGACUUAACCGUGACCCAGCUCAUCCAAGAGAAUGUGAUCGAGUCGGAGAGGGGGGUGAUUAAUGGUGUCCAGAAUUCCAUGAACUACCUCCUGGACCUGUUGCACUUUAUCAUGGUGAUUAUGGCGCCCAACCCUGAGGCCUUCGGCCUUCUCGUCAUCCUCUCCGUCUCCUUCGUGGCCAUGGGCCACAUCAUGUACUUCAGGUUUGCCUUCAAGAGCCUCGGGCGGCGCCUCUUCCUCUGCUGCUCGCCAGAGCAGAAGGCCCAGGCCCUCCCGGACUCUCCCUCCUCGCUUCCCACCACCGUGUAGCCCAUUAAAGAGACGCUGUCCCUGCUAAUAGCUCUACCUGCAGCCUGCAGUGCACACUAUUGUCCACUCCUCCUCCUGCCCGCUAGCUAUCAACCUAAACAUGCUUGCGUCUAGCCGCCACAGCCCUAAUGUAUCUACUUUUGCGCCUAACCCUAGCAUGUGCUGUCCUUUGCCAUUGUGAUAUAGCAUUAGCUGUUUUGUGGAAGGGGGAAGAGUAGUGCAGCCACAGACACAGAGAAGCAUCCCAUCACAGAUAAAAAGCUCAGCUUGAAUGAGGCCUUAUAGAGAGGUGUCAAUAUUUCAAUCUAGCUGUCUUGUUAUUCAAGGAGCUGCAGCUAGAGCUACAGUAAAUGAGGGAGGAAAAAUGCAGGUAUUGCUUGCAGUUACUACGGUUACAGCUGCAUACUACUUAAGUAUGUUCUGUGGUUCUAGUGGUGUUUGCAUCUCAUUACAGCUCUGCAUCAGCUGCGGGAUUUUCAUUUCCACAUUUGUUUCUCAGUAGUUCAUUGUUACUAUAGCCAUUCAUGUUAGCAUUUCAAACGUCUCAGUUACUUAAGCUUUAGUAAUUGACAAUGAUUUAGAUUACCGUUUUUACCAGUGAGAAACAGGUUCUUACUUAUUUUGCUUAACGAGCCUGGGAUAAAGUCUCUUUAAUACAUGGUUAUAAGGGUUAUGCAAAUUAUUUAUUCAAGGAGUGCAGAUACUGAUAGAUAGAUAGACUGAACAAAAAUAUAAAUGCAACAUGUAAAGUGUUGGUCCCAUGUUUCAUGAGCUGAAAA